AUGACGACGACGCAGGGGGCCCCUGCUGGCAGCGACAAGGCCUCACCAGUUCACUCUAGCGUGUCUCCAGCCAAAUCCCAAGACCUCGACACCGGCGACCCAAUCAUCGCCGCUGCCGGCAGCGGCCCCGUCGCUCAAGCAAGGGGCCGGAACAAGCUGACGCUUUUCCCUCUAAUCUUCCUCAUAUUCUUCGAGGUCGCUGGCGGGCCAUACGGCGCUGAGCCGGCGGUGCUGGGUCACUUGUGUUUUUGCAGAAAGAACGACUUCUUGGUGUUCCCCCUCGUCAACACGCUGUUCUGGAACCCUCCAUAG